CUCGCUGCGGUCGCGCGCCGGCAGGGAUUUGUUUGUGGCUUUUUAUGGCAGUGUUUUGGUCGCUGCUGACGUGUGGGAUCGCUUGCAACCAGCAAAUCCUCCGAGCCAGUACCUUUGCAGCGCAGGCGUCGCUCCCUGGGAGGUCGUUUUGCGCGUCGGCUUUUUGAGCAAAAAGCCCAGCCAAAAAAGCAAAUAAUUUCAGCUGUGUCUCGGCUGGCAAAGCGCACCGAGCCGAGCUGACACUAAUCACACGUAGUGACCUCGCGCUCGCACUCCCACGUUGCCCAUCGAUUCGCGGCUCCGAGCAGCGCUCGCACCGACACCGCAGUCCUCUCCGAGGCCGAAACUGUGUUUAGCCCCCGGCAGCGCCCGCACCGGUGAACCGCACGACGCCAGACGCAGCAGUCAGUCAGACAGUCAGUCAGCCAGGCACCGGUGAUCUGCGCGGCGCCAGACGCAGCAAAGCCAAAAAGAGACGAUGUCGCGAAAAGACGACCUCCAGUUCCUGACCACCGAUCUAGAGUACAGCGACGAGACGCCGCAGGCGGCGGCGCCGCUCUUCCCCGACGAGGCCGACGACACGUUGGUGGGGAAGCUCGGCCUCUUCAAGGGCAGCCGCCACCCGGGCGUCGCGCUGUUCCACGUGUUGUUCAAGAGCCUCGCCUUGGCGGUGUACCUGUUCGCCGGGCUGUUCACGUCCAACUUCGUGUUGGUCUGCGUCGUAUGCAUACUCCUCCUAGCCUUUGAUUUUUGGACGGUCAAGAACGUGUCCGGACGACUCCUCGUAGGACUGCGGUGGUGGAACUACGUCAAGGAGGACGGCGCGACGGAGUGGGUCUUCGAGGCCGCCGAGGACAAGUCGGACAUUCGGCCACUCGACGAGCGCCUGUUUUGGUGGGGUUUAUAUGUGCCGGCGGCGGCCUGGGCCUUUUUGCUCGUCACGGCGGUCAUCUCGCUCAAAUUGCAGUGGUUGAUUGUGGUCGGUGCGGCUUUGGCUUUGAGUGGAGCGAACGUCGUCGGGUACACGAAGUGCUCGAAGGAGGCGCAGGCGCGGCUCGAGGGCCUGUCGUCGGGCGGGGCGGCGUCCAUGCUCGGGGGCAUGAUGUCCUCGGGGCUCGCGUCGAACAUGCUCGGGGGGCUCAUGGGCCGCGCGGCCGCGCCGGCGGCCGCGCCGCAGGACGGCUUCGCCGCGGUCUAGAGGCUCGGGGUAAGUACACAACAACAUG